GCGCAGCCAUUUUGGACUGUGUGGGUUUCCGGGACGUUUCGAGUGCGUCCUAGGUCUCGGGGGUUCCGCAGAUCACAGGCCCAGGGCCCGCGUCCGAGUGUCAGGUUGGAGCCGGGAAACGUCCCAGGGGGUAGCGGCGGCGGGGGCAGGAUGAGCGCGGAGGCGGCGGACCGGGAGGCGGCCACCUCCAGCCGGCCCUGCACCCCGCCGCAGACCUGCUGGUUCGAGUUCCUGCUGGAGGAGUCGCUGUUGGAGAAACAUCUGCGUAAGCCCUGCCCGGAUCCUGCACCAGUUCAACUUAUAGUCCAGUUUUUGGAACAGGCUUCUAAACCUUCAGUUAAUGAACAGAACCAAGUUCAACCUCCACCUGAUAACAAGAGAAAUCGUAUUUUAAAGCUUCUUGCUCUUAAAGUUGCUGCACAUUUGAAGUGGGACUUAGACGUAUUAGAGAAAAGUUUGUCUGUUCCAGUAUUGAAUAUGUUACUAAAUGAACUGCUGUGCAUCAGUAAAGUUCCUCCCGGAACAAAGCACAUAGACAUGGAUCUGGCCACUUUACCUCCAACCACUGCCAUGGCUAUACUUCUCUACAAUAGAUGGGCAAUUAGGACAAUUGUUCAAAGUAGUUUUCCUGUCAAACAACCAAAACCUGGACCUCCUCAGUUAAGUGUUAUGAAUCAGAUGCAACAGGAGAAAGAGCUAACAGAAAAUAUUUUGAAAGUGCUAAAAGAACAAGCUUCUGAUUCUAUCUUGGUACUAGAGGCAGCCCUUAAAUUAAACAAGGAUCUUUAUGUCCACACGAUGAGAACGCUAGAUUUAUUGGCCAUGGAGCCAGGCGUGGUAAAUGGAGAGACUGAGAGUUCCACUGUUGGAUUGAAAAUCAAAACCGAGGAGAUGCAGUGCCAGGUGUGUUAUGAUUUGGGUGCAGCAUACUUCCAGCAAGGCUCUACAAAUCCAGCUGUCUAUGAAAAUGCCAGAGAAAAAUUUUUUAGAACCAAAGAACUAAUUGCAGAGAUAGGUUCAUUAUCUCUUCAUUGUACCAUAGAUGAGAAGCGGUUAGCUGGCUAUUGUCAAGCGUGUGGUGUUCUUGUACCUUCUUCUGAUAGUGCAUCUCAGCAAUUGACUCCAUAUAGUCAAGUCCAUAUUUGUUUGAGAUCUGGCAACUAUCAGGAGGUAACAAAGAUUUUCGCUGAAGACAAUUUAACCUUCAGUUUACCUGUGCAGUUCCGGCAGUCAGUCCUAAGAGAGCUCUUUCAGAAAGCUCAACAGGGAAAUGAAGCUCUAGAUGAAAUCUGUUUUAAAGUCUGUGCCUGUAACACAGUCCGUGAUAUAUUGGAAGGUAGAGCGAUUGGUGUUCAAUUUAACCAGCUAUUUCUUAGACCUAAUAAAGAGAAAAUAGACUUUCUUCUUGAGGUAUGUUCAAGAUCAAUAAAUUUAGAAAAAGCUUCAGAUUCUUUGAAAGGAAACAUGGCUGCUUUUCUAAAGAAUGUGUGUCUGGGGUUGGAAGACCUGCAGUAUGUUUUCAUGAUUUCUUCACAUGAGCUUUUCAUUACAUUGUUGAAAGAUGAAGAACGAAAGCUACUGGUUGAUCAGAUGAGGAAGAGAUCCCCUAGAGUAAAUCUGUGCAUUAAACCAGUAACUUCAUUUUAUGAUAUCCCAGCCUCAGCAAGUGUCAACAUUGGCCAGUUGGAGCAUCAGCUGAUAUUGUCAGUAGAUCCCUGGAGGAUUCGACAGAUUUUAAUUGAAUUACAUGGUAUGACUUCAGAGCGCCAAUUCUGGACCGUGUCUAAUAAGUGGGAAAUACCUUCUGUCUAUAGUGGUGUUAUCCUGGGAAUCAAAGACAAUUUAACAAGAGAUUUGGUUUACAUUCUAAUGGCCAAAGGUUUACACUGCAGUACUGUUAAGGACUUUACCCAUGCUAAACAGCUAUUUGCUGCUUGUUUGGAGUUGGUGACAGAAUUCUCACCAAAACUUCGUCAGGUCAUGCUGAAUGAGAUGCUGCUUUUGGAUAUUCAUACACAUGAAGCUGGAACAGGGCAAUCUGGAGAGAGACCGCCUUCUGAUCUUAUUAGUAGGGUGCGAGGAUAUCUGGAAAUGAGGCUUCCUGAUAUUCCUCUUCGUCAAGUUAUUGCCGAGGAGUGUGUUGCUUUUAUGUUAAACUGGAGGGAAAAUGAAUACCUUACCCUGCAAGUUCCUGCAUUUCUGCUUCAGAGUAAUCCAUAUGUAAAGCUUGGACAGCUUUUAGCAGCUACAUGCAAAGAACUUCCAGGCCCUAAAGAAAGUAGACGGACUGCUAAAGACCUUUGGGAAGUUGUUGUUCAGAUCUGUAGUGUGUCCAGUCAACACAAACGAGGAAAUGAUGGCAGAAUUAGUUUAAUAAAGCAGAGGGAGUCUACAUUAGGUAUAAUGUAUCGGAGUGAACUGCUUUCUUUUAUCAAAAAAUUACGGGAACCGUUGGUUUUGACUAUUAUUUUAUCACUCUUUGUGAAACUUCACAAUGUUCGGGAGGACAUUGUGAAUGAUAUUACAGCUGAACACAUUUCUAUCUGGCCAUCCUCCAUCCCCAACCUCCAGUCCGUGGACUUUGAAGCCGUGGCUAUCACAGUGAAAGAGCUAGUUCGGUAUUCCCUCAGUAUAAACCCAAACAACCAUUCCUGGUUAAUUAUUCAGGCAGACAUUUAUUUUGCAACAAAUCAGUAUUCGGCAGCUCUUCACUAUUACCUCCAGGCGGGAGCGGUGUGUUCUGAUUUCUUUAAUAAGGCUGUGCCCCCAGAUGUUUAUACAGACCAGGUAAUAAAACGAAUGAUAAAGUGCUGUUCUUUGCUGAAUUGCCACACACAGGUGGCAAUUUUAUGUCAGUUCCUCAGAGAGAUUGACUACAAAACAGCCUUUAAAUCACUGCAGGAACAAAACAGUCAUGAUGCUAUGGACUCCUACUAUGACUACAUAUGGGACGUUACCAUUUUGGAAUACUUGACUUAUCUUCAUCACAAAAGAGGAGAAACAGAUAAAAGACAAAUUGCGAUCAAAGCCAUCGGCCAGACAGAAUUGAACGCAAGCAACCCAGAAGAAGUGUUACAGCUGGCAGCGCAGAGAAGGAAAAAAAAGUUUCUUCAAGCAAUGGCAAAACUUUACUUUUAAGCAUUCAGAGAAUAACAACUAGAAUGACCAGAGGAGUAGAAGAGAUGUUGCCACAGAUGAGAACAGGCUAAAGAUCAAGAUUUCAGUCUAGAAAGGUAUCUGAAACACACCAUGUGAUUUCAGGUAAGGAUAUACUGAAUACAAACUAAUUCAUCAAAUUUGGCAGAAUUUGGGGAUAGCCCUUAAGGCUCAAAAGAAAAAUGUGGAAGAGGAGAAAAAUACACUUAAGGAAAUUAAUGCAUGAUUCACAGUCCCUCUUCUACCCUCAAAACAAUACAGGCUUCAAAAAUUUCAGAUGAAGGUACUAACGAUAUCCUUAUGUGUUGAAUUUAAGAAAAGUAGAUUGAGAUCGUGUGAAGGAAAAUCUCAGGCAGGAAAGGUGUUUCCUUCUAUCCUAGCACCAUCAUCAGAUAUAAAAAUACUAGGCUGGAUAUAGACCAUUAUUCUAACCUAAUAGCAUUUAUUGCAUUUGAUUGGUUAAUUAGGUUUCAGAGACCAUUUUAUUGAAUCCAAGUGCUAUAACUAGGUAUAGAGAGACAGCGUUGGUCAUUUUGUUUGGCACAGUUAGCCAUGGAACAUUUCACCUAGAUACUAGUUCUAGAAUCAAACCAGGGACUUAUAAUAGGCUCAGAUACUUUGAAGGGAACCAUGAUAAUUAUCCUUCCACCCAAAUCAUAGUGUUCAGAAAAUGUAUUGGAAAAAACUCACUCAUCUUUCCUAAGGAUUAACAUAUCAAAAGUGGUACAUAGUAUUCUCUGGGAUUAAUGCAUUGGUUAAGACAAAAAAAGUUUGCGGUAAAUAUAUCCAUGGAUAAACUUUGAGAACUUACCUCAAGUUUGGAAGCAAUGAAUAAUGAGGUAAUUCCAAUGAGUUGAAGCAUAUUUUUAUUUAUAUCCUUUUGUGUCAACAUAAAUCUAUCAAAAAAGUCUUGCGCAAGAUAAAAUGUUUCCCUAUGAAGUGUGUAUACUUCACACACCUAGAGAAGAAUCCAUUUAAAUAUUAUUCCAUUAAUUUCUCAAAAUUAGAAAGUUACCUCUUAGCAUACCAGAUUUCAGAACACUUUCUGAAGUCCAACUUGCUUUUUAGGAUACCAAAGCUAAAAUGGGGGAAAAAUUAACAUGUGCUAAUAUGAUAAACCUAUUACAGCCCUCUUAGUUUUAUAGGUUUUUUUUCACAUAGACUUACUUUGUUUAUUCCCAGAUACAUUUACACUUGCUGACUAUGGCUGAGUACUUUUUUCCUAUUAAGCUUCUAAUGUUUUUAAAUUAAUUUUUAUUGGAGUAUAGUUGCUUUACAAUAUUGUGUUAGUUUCUACUGUACAGCAAAGUGAAUCAGCUUUACGUAUACAUAUAUCCCCUCUUUUUUGGAUUUUCUUCCCAUUUAGGUCACCACAGAGCAUUGAGUAGAGUUCCCUUGGCUAUACAGUAGGUUCUCAUUAGUUAUCUAUCUUAUUCAUAGUGUCAAUAGUGUAUAUAUGUCAUCUAAUUUUUAUUGAUGCCAAAUGGGUAAGUUUUUAUGCUUAGUUUAUACUCUAAUA